AUGUUACCGGCGCCUCAGCCAUCAUUAUCCCCGGAGAUUCCAGGGAAACGACGUUGCUGGGAGUGCCAACGUCGUCGACUUGUUUGCGACUCUGUCAAGCCAGUCUGUAACAAGUGUCGUGCUUCCGGCAUCGUUUGCCCUGGCUACGACGACAGAAAGCCACUGACUUGGCUCGCACCUGGGAAAAUCACCUGCCGUACUCGACGCAAAGGGCGCGUGGCAGACAAAGACACAGCGACGAAGAAGACCAUGAAGAUAAAGCCAAAGCUGGAUAGCCGAGGUAAAAUCGAAGGUACCGAAGCCUUGACUAGAAGCAGGAACAAAUAUGGCGGAGAGCUCGUCCUUCAUUCAGCUCUGAGGACAGACAUUUGCGACGUAUUUGAAGCCGUACAGUAUUUCAACGACGUGUUCUACCCAUACACCAAGUCAGGCCAUCCGCCAACCAGCAACGUGUUCAUCGCCGAAAUUCCCCUCAAGGUCGUGAAAUAUCUGCCGAUCUCGAUUGCGCACAACUUGGUUGGCAUCGUGUACCAUCAUCGCAUGCAUGUGCAGAAAGAAUGGAAGAAUGAUUGUCCUUCUAUAUUGUAUGCCCAACACCGAAUGCACCAUCAUCGAGGCCUGUCGAUACGGGCUAUCAACGAAGAUCUCGCCAAUCCGAAGACGCAGAGUAGCGAUGUUGUAUUGACAGGGGUCAUCCUCCUUCUCCAGUCCGAGAUCAACGCAUGCAUAACUCCUCAGUGGCGACAGCAUGUAGACGGUCUCCUGGCUAUUCUCGCAUGUCGAGGCGGUGCCCGGGGAUGGGCCAUGUCGGAGCCAUACCGCCAAGCCUUGCUCCUGUCUUUUAUGAUUGUGAUGACUUCGGCGAAUACAACGAGUCCACCUGACAACCAAGUUACAAUUUGUGAUCAACAAGAGUUCAUUAAUUUGAUCCAGGAGAUAUAUCCACUCGGAUUGCAUCCACACAUUCCUUGUCCGAUGCCGCUAUUCUUGGAAAUUUCGCGAAUUAACCAUCUAAGAGCUGAGGUCUCAAAGAAGUCGAUGGACAAGUCAACAGCGAAUGCAGUUGCGGAGGACAUUGUUGCAAGGAUCGAGAGCUUUGAUGGGACGGACUGUGACUCCUUCUACGAGGACAGGGAUCACCGUGAUCUCAUCGCUGCGAUAUUUCACUCUGCAGUGGCUGUCUUCUGCAUUUCUUCGCUGCAGAGCGUUGGAGCCCUGCCCAGAGUCCACCGACUGACAAUGCUGAGAACCAUGCAUGGAAAUCGCCUCUAUUCUCUCAUGGAGGAGACAAGAAAACAUCCACAACUGAAGAAAUCCGUCCAAUGGCCUUUAGUUGUCGCUGGCAUCGAAGCCUCGGUUCGGGUAGAUAAGCGUCGGCUUGUUGCAGAGCUUUACUUGGAGCAAGCCAAGGACAUCGCCACGCCAUUGCCUCUGCACGCUAAGAAUGUUAUGCGCACCUUCUGGGACGGAGACGCUACAGAUUGGGAUGCAUGUUUCGACCAGCCCUACGCAUUUGUUUCAUAG